AUGGCAGUGAAGAGCCUCCCAGCUGAAUUCUACUCGGCCUUCCUCUCCGAUGCAGCCAAGGAGCGAAAGCCCAGUCCAAUCCGUGGCCUCUACCCGCUCGAAGCGCGCCCCGGCGUGAUCUCCCUCCUCGCGGGCAAGCCCAACGCCACGACCUUCCCGCUGACCUCCGAGAUCGAGACGGAGGUGAGCGGUGAGGCGCUCGCGGAGGGUCUGCAGUACGGGCCGACGCGGGAUCCCGAGCCUUCUGAGUGGGCCGUUGCGACCAUGGUCAACACCGGUGAUGCCGUCCUCAUAGAAUGCCCCGCAUACGCCGGCGUCCUACCCAUGUUCCAAGCGCUGCACUGCGACUUGAUUGAGGUCGAAACUGACGCGCACGGUAUCAAGUCGAGCUCUUUGCGCUCGAUCUUCAAAAUGGCCGAGGGGAAGCCGAUGCCGAGGUCCUCUACACAGUACCUCGUAAUGCUAGAUUUAGUAUGGGUGAACCCGACAGGAAUGACCGCGACGCUGGACCGGCGGCGAGAAGUCCUCGCACUGGCGCGCGAGUACAACUUCAUCAUCCUGGAAGACGACCCGUAUUACUUCCUCUAUUAUGGCGACGCCGCCCGGUACCCAUCCUACUUUACUCUGGAACUUGAACAGCCAGAAGUCGGGCGCGUCCUGCGCUUCGACAGCCUCUCCAAGAUCCUCUCCUCCGGCAUUCGCAUGACGGCCGUCGCGAACCUGCAGACGUCGUCCCUCACGCAGGCAAUCGCGUUCUCACUGCUAGACGCGUGGGGCUACGACGGGUUCAAGACGCACACGGAGGCUGUUUCGCGGUUCUACCGCGAGAAGCAGUGGAGUACCCCGGAGGCGGGGAUGUUCUUCUGGUUCAAGCUCCUGCUCGCGGAAGACGGCGAGGAGGGUGACUCGGAGAGCGUCAUUCGGACGAAGGCGUACGAGCGCGGCGUGCUCGCGCUGCCGGGGACGGUUUCCUGCCGCGCGGCGGGAAGACGGCAGGCUGAGGGAGACGAUUUGGAGGCGCGGACGGCGUAG